AUGAUCCCAGACGAAGACACGAAGGGGAAGGAAGCAUCGAAGAAGAAGACAUCGUACGAGGCAGUCUCGUGGUGUUGGGGACGUGAGCCGCAGGACGAGGUGCUGCGCGUCAAUGAUGGGGACAACGUCUUCGCGUUUCGCAUCUCCAAAAACUUGAAGCGGGCUCUAUGGGCCUUGCGCACAAACGAUGAGGUCCGCCAGUUAUGGAUCGACGCAAUAUGUAUCAACCAGAACGAUACGAAGGAGCGCAACCAGCAAGUGCCACGGAUGGACAGGAUUUAUGGCGGCGCGGAGAAGGUUUGCAUCUGGCUUGGCGAGGAGGGCGAAGACAGCAAGACGGCUAUGGACUUUAUUAGAGACAGAGUACUGGAACUUUGGACGUUCGAUGAGUUGAUCGAGAAUCCCAAACUCGCAAAGCACUGGGCUGCGCUCAUCAGACUCAUGAAAAGGCCCUGGUUUUCCAGACGAUGGGUUGUGCAGGAAAUAGCGCUAUCGCCUCGUGGCGGCACCAUCUAUUGCGGGAAAGAUUCGAACUCAUGGCAAGACUUUGCCGACGCUGUUUCCCUCUUUGUCGAGGUCGAAACUGCGACGCAUCGGCUGUCCGACGUCAUGAAGCUGGAUCGGUCAUUUGGGAACAUCCCAAACUUCUUUGGAGAUGUUUCAUCUUUAGGCGCGGCGCUGCUUGUUGACGCUACGAGCAAUCUAUUCCGCAACUCGAUGUCUGGUGAACGCAUGCCUCUCUCCUCACUAGAAUUCCUGGUCUCUCGACUCUCGGUUUUCGAGGCUACACAGCCUCGUGACACGAUCUACGCUCUCCUCGCGAUCUCGAAGGAGACUACUCCCAAGAACCUCUUCAAGGAUUCGGAUACCAAGGAACUAACAAAGGAAGAAAAGUUUGCCUUGAAGUUUGCACCAAAGGAGGGAUUCGCCAAUAAAGCGUACAACGUUGAUUACCGCCUCCCUGUCAUUGAUGUCUAUCAAGAAUUCAUUGAAUUUUCUAUUCGUAAAGCAGACAAGAAGAGGGCAUUGGACAUCUUGUGUCGUGCUUGGGCGCCAACUGUAAUGAAGAGUCACGACGACCCCGAUUUCCUAAAACCUGCCAGGGACAAGAAACACGAGAAGGAGAAGGGGAAGAGCCAUCUGAAGAAGGAGGAGCACAAGAAACUCGAAGCGAGAAAGGGAGAAGAGGUGGAAGAGAAGGAUCGGGAAAUUCCUUUACCCUCAUGGAUUCCAGGACUGAGCGGGGCUGCUUUUGAAAUGGAGGAGCACCCGACCGUGGGACUUCGAAUGGAACGUCAAAAUGCAGACGCUUUGGUCGGGCUCCCUGAUGAAUCUGGACGGAGGACUUACACCGCUGCAGGAGAAAAGGAACUAGAUCUUGACAAGCUCGAAUUUAGGAAAUGGUCAACCCUGAAGAAGCCCAAUUCAACAUAUCCAGAGUACAGUAUGUUUGUUCGUGGGUUCGUCCUUGACGAGGUGGCAACUGUGGAGCAUCUUGCUGCCAAUGGCAAUAUACCGUACCGUUGGUUGCCAGCUGGAGGUUGGGAUGAUACCGACAAAAACCCGCCGGAUGAGUUCUGGCGCACACUUGUUGCAGACCGAGCUCAGAAUGGCCAUAAUCCUCCUACGUACUUCCCCCGAGCUUGCAAGGAGUCCAUGAGAUACAAGGCCAAGACGAUGUCGAAGACCGGUGGAUACGUCGAUUGCAGGAAGCUGAUCGAGGAAGGCCGCUGCACAAUUGUUGCCCAAUUCCUGCGAAGGGUUCAAGAGGUGAUUUGGAAUAGGCAGCUUAUGAGGACGAAAGACGGACGUCUAGGGAUAGUUCGAGAUGAUGUUAGUGCAGGUUUCCAAGUCUGCAUUCUCUACGGAUGCAGUGUGCCUGUGGGCAAGAAGGAAUUUGAAGCAGGCAAGAAAAUGCAGAAAGACAAGGUGACUGAUGAGGUGAUGCAAAACCUUUUCUAUUUCCGCCUCGUCGGCGAAUGCUAUGUACAUGGGAUGAUGAAUGGCGAGGCAAUCAAGUUGCAGAACGAGAAAUUUAUUCAGGCGCAGACCUUUGAACUGCGGUGA